UCCGUCUCCCAAAGAACAAAAUUCGAUCUUAACUAUGAAAUCUGAAAAUACUGAAUGAAAUUCGUUGUUUGUUAUCGUUCAUAUCAUAAACGUAAACUUGAGUUAAUAAAAUCAUUUCUUGUUCUUCCACAAACAAUAUUAUUAUUAUUAUUAUUAUUAUUAUUAUUAUUAUUAUUAUUAUUAUUAUUAUCCAUUCCAAACCAUCAUCAACACCUAAUUCCUUGUAUAUGCAAUAAUAGAAUAAUUAACAAGCUAUCAUGGAGGAAACAAUGGAAACAUCAAUGAGAGUUAUCGCGGCAUGGGACUACGAAACCUCAGAUAUUAGCCCCAACACGUCCCUCUUCAACCACCAUACCCGUGAAGAAGUUCUGGAAUUCAUGCGAGCCGUGACGGACCUUCAUGCGACCCAUCAAUUCUUUUCGACCAAUAAUUUCUCCUAUCACAUCCAUUAUCCUCUACACAAAAAGAUUGUUUCUUGUCAAAACUUGCUUCGUAUAGCUAAAAAGCGCCUUAGCAGCGAAUUCUUCUCCCUCCUUAAGGUUAAUAGUAAGCACAAUAUUGACUAUUAUUCUGUCGAAGACGGUCAUUCUCCUGUCUCAUCAUCUGAUUCUUCAACCAGUAACACCAAUAAUGCUGACCUUAACAUUUUCACCGUGUCGAAUAUCAAUUAUCAAGAGGACUCUACUACAGAGGAGGCAUCCGCCAUGGCCGACCUUAAGUUAAUCGCAAAUUGUAUGAUGGCUGCUGGAUUUGGGAAGAAAUGCCUUAAGAUAUAUAAGCUCACAAGGCGAUCCUUUAUAGAGGAUGCUCUCCUUAAGCUUGGAGCUCGUAAGCUAACCAAAUCACAUGUUCAGAAAUUAGACUGGGAGACUAUUAAUGCUAAAAUGACUAUAUGGUUGAAGAACGUCGGAAUUUGCGUCAAAAUAUUUGAACAAGAAAAGAUUCUAUGUGAACAUCUUUUCGGCGCUUGUACCUUGUCAACCGUCACGGACUCAUGUUUUUCAGAGGUUUGUAAAGAGGUUGCCCUAACUCUAUUUAUAAUACCGGGGAAACUUGCGAAACACGCUAAGAAAUCCUCCGAUAAAAUCUUCAAGUUCCUUCAACUCUACGAAGGGAUGUCCGAGGACACAACCUCGAAGAUCGAUAAGCUCUUCUCAUCAGAAUUGACCGCAACUGUACGAAUACAGUUGCGGUCCUCUAUGGGGAGAAUCGCAGAAGCCGUCAAAUCUAUGCAGACGGAUUUUGAGGCAUCCAUUCAAAAGGAUGCCUCAAAAGGGAUAGUCCAUGGAGGAGGAGCACACCCCUUGACUAAAGCGGUGAUGAACUACAUUGUUCAUCUCUCUAAUCACGCCUCUGCGUUGGAUGAAAUCCUUUCGGAUUUUCCGGUAAGCUUGCAAUCUCCGUUACCGGAAAGUUAUUUCGAAGGUGAAACGAUGUCGUCGCCUGUUACGUUACAUUUUGCUUGGUUGAUAUUAGUACUGCUAAGUAAGCUAGAUAGUAAGUCGGAGCUUUACAAAGAUGCUUCACUUUCUUACCUUUUCUUAGCAAAUAACCUUCAAUACGUCGUAACAAAAGUAAAAUGUACAAAAUUGUAUAAUGUGUUAGGAGAAAAAUGGGUAAACAAACACGCCUCUAAAGUGGUACAAUACGCUGCCAAUUACGAAAGAAUGGGGUGGGGGAGAGUGAUAUCUGUAUUACCAAAAGAUCUAACGGUCGAGAUUUCUCUUGAUAAUGUAAAGGAGAGUUUUAAGAGGUUUAAUGUUGAUUUCGAGGAGGAGUACCGUAAGCAGGUGGAUUGGGUUGUACAAGAUCCAAAGCUAAGAGAGGAAAUGAAAGCCUCAAUAAUAAGGAAAGUUGACGUGAGGUAUCGGAAGAUGUAUGAUAAGUAUAAGGUGGUUUUAGCAAAGAGUAGGGAAAGAGGGAAAAUUGAUUCCGUAGUCAAGUUUACCCCUGAAGAUUUGGAAAAUUACUUGUUAGACUUGUUGGAUUGUCACGAGGAUGAGGAAGUGGUUUCACCUUCUGAAAAAAGUGAAACGCCACCAUCGAAUGAUAAGAAAGAAAAUCCGGUUCUUCAACGACGUAGUCGACGUCUUCUUCUCUUGGUUCGUCAACAUCACAAUCACUAAUUCUUCUUGUUAUAUAAGCAUCAACAUGUAAUUCAUUGUGAUAUAUAGGUUCAGAUUAAAAAAAACAAAAACAAA